GGCGAAAAGAUCAACUCGAGGACCGAAGCUGCGGCGAGGAAGCCGUCAAAGUCCACCACAAUCCACAACAAUCCCCCGCCGGAAGCCCGAAGGCAAGGCAGCCGACGCGUCUACCAAAUCCAUUGCUCGCCCCUCCCCCUUCCUUCCUCCUCCGCGUUUCCACCACUAUAAGAGCCCUGCGCGCUGACCCGCCGGAGAUUCCACAGGUCCAAACUGCGACCAGCAACCAGCGCCCAAGCCCAACUAACUUCCACCACCCCCCUUUCCCCUUCCCCUCAGCUCCCCGCCGAUCCUCCUGCCGAGAGACAUGGCCACCGAGGUGCUGCGCGCGCACAACAUCCUCCUGCCGGCGCCGCACCGGACCCGGCCGGCGGCGUCGCACCGGAGGCCCAGCAACAGCAACACCCCCGCGGUCGCCAGCAGGAGGUCUCCGCCGGCUCCCGCGUCCGGCCGGACGAGGCACCACGGCAGGAAGGCGGCGAGGCCCGCCGCGGAGGUGUACGCUGGGCCGGCGUUCUCGACGUCCCCCGAGCCGAGCGCCCUGCCGCUGCCGCAGUUCCCUGUCAGGAAGGCCGCGGCCGCCGCUGACCUCCUCGUCGACGACGCCGCGACGCGCGACCUCAGGCGCAUCCUGCGGCUGGAGUGAUCGAUCGAUUUGUUAGUUCAGUUCGUAGUCGUCGACGCGUGGUCGAUGGAGCUGCAGCUGUAUGUUAGUUCUAGCUACUCUCGCGGUGCGUGCUCCGCGCCGCCGCGGCGAGGCCUCCCCGCCUCCGGCUCAGUUUUAUUGUGGGGCCGGAGGCGGCAAGCCACGCGGCGCGCCGUGGGCUCCCCACCGCGAUGGCGGUGUAGAAUGACCGCAGCAGUACACUACGUACGUGACCGUGAGUCCGUGACAUAGAAAUUACUAGUUAUGUGUAGACAGGGUAAUUAAGCCUUAAGCAAGGGGUUCCUCGGUAUACAAGACGAGAACCUCUCUCUCUCUCUCUCUCGUUCAAGCUGCUUUACUUUCUGGGCCUGUUCAUGUUAAUCUUCAAUGUACUCCAGCAUAUAGUACAUUUCAAUCAUGUCGAUUUGAAUAAGUCAAAUUGUGUUGAUUUCAAUCGCAA